AUGUCGGAGACAAACUCGAACCUGGUUACAGACACCAAAGAGGAAAGAACCGAUACGCCCUCUGAGUCUCAAGAUGAACUGGCACCGGUUAAGUACCCAUCGGGACCAAUUUUGGUCAUAAUUGUCAUCGCAUUGAUGCUGAGCAUGUUCCUGAGUAUUAUCUCCACUGCGAUCCCGAAGAUCACGACCCAGUUCAAGAGCAUGGAAGAUAUCGGAUGGUACGGCAGUUCCUUCUUUUUGACACUUGCCGCUUUCCAAUCCGCCUGGGGUCAUGUAUACAAGGGCUUCUCCCUGCGCGGCUCUUUUCUGGCGGCUAUUGGCAUAUUCGAGAUUGGAAGUUUGGUCUGCGCUUUGGCGCCCAACAGUAUUGCGUUGAUUGUCGGACGGGCCAUCCAGGGCAUAGGGGGAGCCGGUCUCACUGGCGGGUGCUACACCAUUGCAGCUUUCAUUGCGCCCCCAAAGAAAGUCCCCAUACUCAUUGGCUUGCUGGGGUCUACAUUCAGUGUAGCGAGUAUUGCAGGACCUCUGCUGGGAGGCGCCUUUUCGCAGCAUGUCACAUGGCGUUGGUGCUUCUACAUUAACCUUCCCAUCGGUGGCGUGGCUGCCGGGGUCUUGCUUUUCUUCUUCCGCACCCCUGACCAGGCCAAAUCCGGAAUGGGAAGGCCACUGAAGGAGAAACUGCAACAGUUCGACUUCAUCGGUCUGGUAGUCUUGCUGGCAGGUUUGAUCUGCUUUUUCCUGGCCCUACAGUGGGGAGGAGUCACGAAACCGUGGAGCGACGGCUCCGUCAUCGCUUGUCUUGUUUUAUGGGUUGUCCUGACCGGUGCUUUCCUCGGUAUCGAGUGGUGGCAGCAAGACCGUGCGCUGAUGGUUCCGCGACUAUUGGCGAAUAGGAAUAUCGGCGCCUGCUGUGCCUUUAUCUUUUUCCUCAAUGCCGCCAACUUCUCGUUGAUCUAUAAUCUUCCAAUCUAUUUCCAGGCCAUUAAUGGAGACUCUCCUAUGACCAGUGGGAUCAAAAACAUCCCAACCAUUCUCUCAACAUCCAUCGCAACUUUCUUAUCAUCUGCCAUUGUCACUAAGGUCGGAUACUACCAGCCAUUCUUGCUAGCCGGCAGUAUACUAGCCACUAUCGGCGCGGGCUUGAUCUACACCUUCGAUCUGACAUCCGGUCUGGGCCCUAUUAUCGGAUAUCAAAUUCUGUACGGUACAGGCACCGGACUCUCAGUUCAGAUCCCUGUUGUUGUAGCAGGAGCAUUGAGCUCAACAGAUGACCAGGCCAUUACCAUGGCGACUGUUCUAUUCUUCCAGUUCAUCUCGGCCGCUUACGGUGUCGGCUCCACGGAUUCGAUCAUGAACAACCUACUUCUGAAAAAUAUACCCAAAUAUAUGAAGGGCAUCAAUCCUGAGGAGGUCAUCGCUGCCGGUUCAAGCGGGCUUGAAGAAGUCUUCUCGGGCUCAACGCUUCUUGGUGCGCGACGCUCCUACCUUGAUGGUCUGCACGGCAGUUGGGCCAUGGGAAUUGCGCUCUUUGGCGUGACAUUUUUGUGUGCCCUCAUUCCGAAGCGGGGAGGCAAAGUCCCGCGGCCGGGUGAGCAAGGUGGAAAGGAUAACCAGGGCAACUUUAUUCCUAUGGCCUAG